AUGUCAUUCCACCGGUCCUGUGAAGACAUCCACAUCCGCCAGGAGGACGGCUGCACCAUGCUCCUGGCCAAGGUCCGCGAUAGCCACGGCCAGCUGAUCCCGCGCAAGAUCCGACUCGAUGAUCAUAUCGGCAAUACGGAUGGUAUUCCCUUUUGCCUAGGAUGGUUCAUCUGGGGAGGCAACAACUUCACCCGGACGGCGAGGAAUAUCUCCCUAGAACAUACCGAGUCUGGACCUAAACUGUGUGCUGAGCUGGAGAUGAGGAAUGGUGGGACGAGAGGGCUGCAGGGGAUCAUGCUUUCGGAGAAGAUUGGCAAUAAUGAUGGGCAUUUGAAGUUUUUGGGUGCUUGA